AUGGGCCGGCGUGCAAACGAUACAAAAAAAGGUGCCGAGGAACCCAAGAAGAGAUCAAAAAAGACCAAGGUCGAGGAGACCAACCCAGAAAGUCCGGUUGUUGCCACGGGCACCGAGAGCAGCUCUGUGAGUGGCAACCUCGCAGUGCCCACAAGUGUGAAGGCCGCUUUGCCACAUUUAUCCAGCGCAGCUGCUGCGGAUGUGAAGGCUCGUGUGGGCAGUGUGACAAUUACUGUUGUCAGGGGGGGUGUUUAUAUGAGGCAGCACUACAAGCCCUUGGCACCCCUUUGCUCAUCUUCUUCGAAGGUGUCAGCAGAAGCAGUGGUAGAGGUAGGCCAGCUCAUCUUGUGCGACGACUUCGAAGGUUCCAGCAGGAACAGCUAUGGAGGCGUUAGCCCAUCAAGUGUCAAGUCUGCAGCAGCGGCGGUUGUGGAGGCAAGCCCAUCUGUGUGCAAGCCUGCAACAGAAACGGUGAUGGAGGUUAGCUCAUCAAGUGUCAAGUCUGCAGCAUGGGCGGUUGUGGAGGGAAGCUCUUCUUGUUCGGAGCUUUCGGCGGGUAUGGUCGUGGAGGCAAGCCCAUCUGUGUGCAAGCCUGGAACAGAAACGGUGAUGGAGGCGGAGGCUGCAACAUUAUCAGUAGCUAGCAGUGUCUCUCCCUCUGCAGCUGCCGAGGCAAGCCCGUCACUUCGCAAGUCUGCAGCAGGAAUCGCGGUCGAGGCAAGCUCUGCUCCUGCUGAAGCUGCAGCAGGACUGGUUGUGGAGGCAAGCCCAUCUGUGUCCAAGCCAGCAGCAGAAACAGUGAUGGAGGCGGAGGUUCGCCCGUCUUCUUCCCCGGCAACGACCGCGCUUUCCACCUCUCGUGGUUCUUUGGUUCAGGCAUGCUAUGAGAUUCACGGUGCUUUGGCAUCUCCAAAGAAGCGAGUUCUGCGGCCGCAGCGAGUUACGCUUGCUGGAGUGAUUGGGGCUCCAGGUGGAGCUGUUCUUCAUCAGCCUGGACACUUGUGUGCUGUUGUCUAUAUGCUAACCGAGAAUGCGAGCCUGCUCAACGAGCACUUUGAUUCAUCCCUGGAGGGCAUUGCUGUGGGUUUUGAGUACGAUGAGAAACGUUUCAAGGAGAAUUGGGCCGCCUAUCUGACCAGCGAGAACAUCACAGAUUCUACACUCCUUGAAACCUACCGUGUGAUUUGCCGAGUCGGACCGCCGCCGCGGUACAUCAAGACACUUCUGGGCUGUGGUGAGGCAGACAACUGCUUAAGUAUGCCCUUGUACAGUGUGAUUGUUCACAACAGCAGCAAUCAGGACCUGCAGGAAUGGCUUGGAGGAAGCAGCCUGCCCGGUCUUGAAGUUCACAGUUGCUCCGUGGUCAACGCUCCCAUUCACUUCCUGUCCCUUGGCACAGCGGAGCGCCGACCGGUGCUGAUAGUGCGAGGCGUCAACGAUGCAGACGUGCAGUUGCUGCUCAGCCACCAGACGUGGAUUUUCAGAGGUGGGCCCCCCAACUGGUCCGGGGGUUGGUUUGACAAAAACCGACAGGAAGUGGAGAAAGGUGCCCCGGGGGCGACCUACAUUCGCUACACACCGGCCAUUCCUGGUAUCCAGAUGGAGGGUUGGUUGCAGGCCAUGGACAAGUAUUGCAUGGAGUACCAGCUGGAAGGCAAGAUUCCGGCCUGCGUUGCCAGUGUAUUGGCUGCUACGCCAUGGCUGAGUUUGAAAAGGAUGUGAAAAGGAUUUGAGCAGAGAUUGGUAUCUUGCAGCCGUGGAGGAGAUUGCUGUCAGAAAUUCGUGUGUUCUUAAACAUGCACUUUUACAAGUGAUUACGCUUGCUGACUAUAUUCCUUCACAUUCUCUUAAUUCUGUACGCAUCAAUUCUGUAAGUGGGCAGUUUGCGGUCGUGUUCGAAACCAGCACCAAGG